AUGGAGUCUGAUCGGCAACCCAAGAAUAUGAACCUGCCAGGUCUAGAGAGCUUAGGCCUUCGCUCCUUUCUUCAUCUUCCGCAGGAUACAGAUAAAGACGCCCCAACACCCAGUGAGACCACAGGAUCUGGUUCCACCCUUCCACCCCGGACUUCUACCAACCACCCGCUAUCGAGCCAACGACACCAGCUCGCGAGGCAGCUCGCGAGGGAGCACGCAAGGCGGCUACGCAUAAAGUCAAGCGUCGGGCCAUCUAGUGGUGCUCGACGGGGAAGGAGCUAUCUGAGAUCCCAAAAGUAUCUGGAGUAUAGGGCCCGGCGAUGUCGGGGUACUGGGAAAGAUGGGGACGUAGUGUGGUCAGACGAGCUGGAAGAUGCAUUUCAGCAAGCUCUUGAAGCAUACCCACCGAUGGGUAGGAGAAAGUUGACCGAAAAUGGGAAAUCGUAUGGCCGAAAUCAAUUGAUUGCAGAGUUUAUGUAUCGGAUGACUGGCCAGCGGAGGACAAGACAACAGGUGUCAGCUCACUUGCAAGUACUUGAUUCCUUUCUCAAGGGUGACCCGGACUGGGAACGGCUCGUUCGAGAACAAUCAACCAACCAUUCGAAUGACCUGGCUCAGCCUCUUGGUUCUACAUGGGGGAGCUCGAAGGACAAUAAACCUUCUAAUCACUACAGUAAUCAUAUCCAUGCCGUCCAGUGUCUUCGCUUUGACAUGUGGGUGAAUACUCCAAACACGUCAGACCGAAUCGAGGAUGCUUUCCAUGUAUAUACCCGUCUUCUGGGGGACCAGGGUUCACCACCAAUACCAUUGCAGUACAUGGGGGGUUGGCAAACUUACUUUCCGCAUCUGGCUGCAUUACUCUCGAGUAUCAGAGGCCCUUUGGGGUGUGAUAUUAUACUCUUCGAAGUCAAUCUUGGGUUGAUGGAUGACUUUCCUCCUAUGGGUUCGAAGCUAGAAAUUUCCCUGGAGCUGGACAGAGUCAAUUCCAUACCUGAUAUUGCACCGAUGAGUAGCAUUAUGAAGGAUUGGACGUGCAGCAAUUACAUAUAUGACAACGGGCAGGCGACGAUACAAACAGAGCAUGAUCUCCCCCUGCCGCAUACCACCACAACCAUCAAGCUGCCGUUUGAGUCAUCAUGGUGGGCAAGGAUUUUCACACAACUUACCCAUCAAAAAAAGGAGACUGAAAAAGCCGCACAGUAUGAUAUGAGUGAUGAUACUACUCGGCGAUACUUUCGCUCCCUAAGCGCCGUUCAGGAAAUCCGGGCCCGUGAGCCCUUGGGUCACGAAAGCAAGAGAAUGGCCAUCCUUCUCUGGAAAUUUCGACAGACGCGACCAGGAGAGAUUGGCACCACCACGUGGCGAUGGCUGACCACUUCACCUGCUACAAUUGACCUUCCUCCACCUUCUUUGGAUUCGGUCCUACUAAACCAAGCUCCCCACAAUCCCGUAUACCCUCACCAGGUCCUUCAAACUCAUGAUUCUCUGCAACGCCAUGGUGAUGAUCACCCUGACUCUCAUCAAUCCCGGCAACACCAACAACAGAGCCAUACGCACACCAACCCCACACCCCGGACCCCCACGCUCCCCCCAGCCCUCGGCCAAACCAAACUGACACACCUCCAAUCACCUCCGAAGAAGGAGCUCAGAAUGGAAUCCAGUAUCCCAGACGUUCAUUUACAGGAGUGGGACUCAGACGAGUCAAUGGAUUUGAGCAUGGAGAACUCUGGGGCAGCCGAUAUCGUACAACCCCCGGGGUUCACCCAGAUUGGAGCAUUCACGGAUUCUGGCUAUGCAUCUACAAAUGUUGACAAACAUGGAUAUGUCCAAAGUACUUCGCAUGAUAGGCUCGGACUUCCUACAGUUUCUGAACACGAGUUGGCAGAGGAUUUCGAAACCCCACCGACACAUGACUCCCUGGAGAUGGCUGCAGGCCGAACCGUGUACUCUGAUACAUCAAGCAUUGCUCCUUUUCGAAAGGAAAGCUACAUAUCUCUCUUUGGCGAAGAUUUGUUUACGAAACUUGUUUCGUGGCAACCUGAUGCGCAGGCAAUGGAGAGAAUUUCCGAGGCUCUUCCUGAAUUGCUGAGAGCUUUCGCUCUCAAAAUUGGCCACAAUGCACCCAGUCAGAUUCAUCGUGAUGUUAUGGUUUUUAUUCACAAGAACAGAGACAACAUUGUGAGCAAUUUCAAAGAGAGGUGUGCCCAUGAGGAAGAAGUUCUUUCUGAGGAUGGGUCUUCCGACUCUAUGGGAAUGCCUCUGGAUGAGAAAUGGGACCUAUGGAACAAGCACCUAGAAGAGCAGCAAGACCCCAUUCCGCCUUCUCUUUGUAUUAGUGAGUCAACAACCGACAAUACUCACACACAGGAGGAACAAGAAGAACAGGCAGAACAGGCAGAACAGGCAGAACAGGACGAAGAAUCCGAUAUGCCUGAGCUCUCUGUCUAUCAAAGUUCUAUUUCCAAUAUCGCAUCAUACGAAUGGCUUCUUUCCAGCUUACGCAGAGAGCUCUUCCUGGCCCCAGCGAAGCCAAAUAUCAUGGAAGCUAUCAGGAACAAAAUUCUUACCUCCCUGCCAUCUUCUCACAGACUCAGCCGAAGGUUAUCUGCAGAAGCCUACACCGUGACCUAUGUUGUCCAAUGGAAUCCGCUGGAUUUUCUCGAUGAACAAGGGUAUCAGGAGGAGCCAGGCGAGGCACUCAAGGGAGUCAUUACACUUACGGGAUCAUCCGAGGAUGCGCAAGCCCUGUCUUGUGCACAAUACCUGUGCCAGACAUGGCCAUCAACAGGUGGAUAUAUUCUUCAGCUAAUCAUGGAAAUCGUUCGCGCUGGACCUGGCAAUCGACAAACUUGUAAUUUACCCGACAAUACCAAAGUCACAGCCUGGCUUAAUGCGUCCGGUUUUAACGUCGAGGCGUUUGGCACGGGAAACUCAGUGGCCGAGAUCGGUGAACAGUUUGCAUGGCUGGGUGCUGCUCUACGCUCUUCGCCACAUGAACUUGGAAUUGCCUACUGCACGCCGAUUAUUAGUGACGUCUAUAUAUCUAGCGCCUCGCAGCAAGAAUCUCGGAAUCAGUCUUGCCCCCAUAUCCUUGGCAAGAUUGAUUUCGUCUUUCAGGAGAGAGAGAAGCAAUCCACAACGUCGAAUGCGCAAUGCUGGCACAACUUAUUCCGGAACCCUGUUGUCGUCACAGGCUACCCAAUUCCAUGGAGAUCGGAGACCGGCACAGGCCUGGAGAUCCCACUUAACAUAAUGGCAGGACUGGCCCGAACCAAGCGUGUCAACAGCUUCAACAAAAAGCUCUUUAUUAAGGGUUUUUCGACAAUGUUAAUUCCAACAAGACAAAAUGGACCCACGCUCCUCUGGCAUUUGAUGUAUAACAUAGAUCGAAGCCGCAUAUCCUACAUCCAACAUACUGUGCCUCAUCUGGCGGAUAUCAGCAUCUUUGACUUGGAAAAGGCUCGGCACGUGCUUGGGUGGUGUUCCGAAGCCAGAUACAACGCUGGGACUGCGGAGGCCAACUAUCUAAUCACGCCGUCACGGCUCCCAAGACCGCCGGAGGGUUGCCUCUACAAUGAUGUCCGUUUAUUCAAGGGUCAGAUUAUUCUUGGCAGCGCGUUUAGCAUGGGUCACAAAGACUCCGCGAUCCAUAUAUCACGGAAUGGGUACAUAGAAAAGCUCAAGUCAAUCCGUCGGAGAUUCUUUGUGCUUUGGGACGAAGAAGACAAACGAGGAUGGUUAAUCAAUGGGGGCAGUGUUCUUUUACACUUACUCCGUGCCUCUCUGAAACACGACAGUAUGGAUGAACUUAGCACCGAAUUUCUCUUCAAUCCUGAGGAUCUGCAAGAAGCAUCUGAAACUCGCAAGGCUUUUUCUGCCAUGAAAUUACUCGCGAAUCAAAGCAACAGGAAGCUCCCAAUAUAUCUCGGAAAAGAAAACUAUCUCCGCCUGGAAGAUCGAGUUGAAGAGCUCUACGACACGUUGGAGAAAAUUAUGGACUACGAGGUCGGCAUCGCCACACCAAGCAGCGCUAAAUCAUCCAGACCCCGAAAAUACCUGGAAGGUUGGGACUUCAACGACUUGGCUACCUGUCGCGAUAUAUUCUAUCCUCGUGUUGCCAAGCUCGAAGCAAUUGGCAAGGGCUGGGUUGAUUUCACCAGAGCUAUCCACGCAGUUACCCUGUUCGGUCGACGCUUUGGUGAAGUCAUUGAACCUAUCAGGACUAGCUCCUGUAAUAAAUGGACUGAACUGCCAAAAGCCAUGUACUAUCUCGCCGCCUCUAUCCAUGACCUGAAAGAGAUCAUGGACAUGGAUGGAGAUUCAGAAGCAAGCCCGAUGGUUUUAGCACAUAACGUCAUUUGGCACAAUCCAGCUGCAUUUGGAUCAUGUCAGUGCGAGCUGCUGGACGGACAGGAUGAGCACUCGGAUCUUGUUCAAGUUCUUCUGCCUUCAGCGUUUAGAAAGAGACUAUCCAUCAAUCAUGAGUUUCCACUAGAUGCUCGUGGUGCGGCUAUCUUCGGCCACAGUGAGUACUCCAAAUGGUCCUGGAAAGAUACUGGAUAUCCUGAAGAAGGAGAAUCGUCGCCGCCAUCCGAGACAUCCGAGGCACCUGAGACCGAGUUUCAUGACAGUGGGAUUGCGUCUGACACGAACUCAUCAGCUCAGAAGGGAAGUCAUAGUUCAGCAGCUUCCAGCUCUCAACAUCCAUCAAAUGAAGAUGGAGAGACUCUUACUCGUGAGAGUUAUACGGUAGGGAUCAUAUGUGCCUUGCAAAAAGAGCUCCGGGCGGUUCGCAUCCUCUUUGACGACAGACAUGAAGAUUUAGAGAGGGCUGUGCGAGACACCAAUCAUUAUGCACUGGGUCGUAUUGCACGUCAUCACGUUGUUGCUGCGUGCCUUCCAUCUGGUGAAUACGGCACAAACGCCGCUGCGGACGUUGUGUCCCAUUUGACCAGGAGCUUUCCCGAGGUGAAGUUUUGUCUUUUAGUCGGGAUCGGGGGCGGAGUGCCUUCAAGAGACAAUGACAUCCGACUCGGUGAUGUUGUCGUCAGUCAUCCAACCGACAUCCAUCCCGGGGUUAUUCAAUACGACCUUGGCAAGAACAUGGAGGAAAACAAGUUCAAACGAACGGGUUCGCUUCAGCGUCCUCCGCGUUUCUUGAUGACCGCUAUCAGCACGCUAAUGUCGGAUCCUGAGCUUCCAUCCACACGAUUUCAAGGGUAUAUCAAGGACAUUACAGUGUGCAACCCCGCGUACAAGUAUCCCGGUGCCCGGAAAGACAAGCUUUUCGCCCAGUGCAGUGGUCGCUCUGUCCGAAGACCGCGCCGCCCCGAAAUUCAUCCGCUGAUCCAUUACGGCCUGAUUGCCUCGGGAAACAAAGUUGUGAAGGAUGCCGAGACGCGGGAUCAUCUGGGUGCAAAGUACAACAUUCUUUGUUUUGAAAUGGAGGCUGCUGGGAUCAUGAACGCCGUUCCUAGCCUUGUCAUUCGAGGGAUAUGCGACUACGCGGACUCCCAUAAGAACAAGCUGUGGCAGGAAUAUGCAUGCGCGACCGCCGCGGCAUACGCUAAAAUGCUUCUGUCGGUCGCAUGA